AUGUCAACACCCACGUUGCAAAAAUUUGCAAUUAAAAUUCUUAGCUUGACUUGUAGUUCAUCUGGGUGUGAACGUAAUUGGAGUGUGUUUGAAAAUCUUCAUACUAAGCGGAGAAACAGGCUUGAUCAACUUCGUUUAAACGACUUGGUGUUUGUGAAAUACAAUAGAGUAUUGAGGCGUUGGUAUCAAAUGCGUGAUACCAUUGACCCUAUCAUAUUGACCGACAUUGAUGAAAGCAAUGAAUGGUUGACUGGAAAACUUGAUGAGGAGAAUGAUAAAGAUGAUGAAACUGUUUUUCCAGAUGACGUUAGGGGAUGGGUUGACAUGGAGUAA